AUGGCAGACUCUCUCUCUGAAUCCCCUCACCCUAACUCCCCUAAGGGGCCUGAGCAUAUAUCUCCCCGUGUCAAGUUGCAGCGGCCGUCUCCAUCUUAUUCCCAAGUGAAAAGCUCCGGUGUACGCCAACGACUCAGUAACAAGCGUGCUGGUGCUGCUGUUGCUCCAUCGGAAGGCAGUGGACCUACUGCGGAGGAAGGCAGAGCUGGUGCAGCUGCUCCCCGCCAACCGUACCUCUCCUCUUCAGCACCUUCCUUAGCUGCCGCUGCACCAGGUGCAAUAGCAGCAACAGCAGAGGUACAGGCAGCAACAGGUUCGCCAGGGGCAUCUCCCGUAUUAGCAACCUCACGAUCGCAUCAUAAUCUUUCCUCUGCUGCGGAAUUUGUCGGCGUUGCUCCGAGGGGACCCAUAUCCUACCUUAGCCCCCCAGGGCGGCUUCAGCUCAGCCACGAGGAACUUGAAGCAACAGCAGCAACAGCAGCUGCUGCUGCUGCGGCGGCGGCGGCAGUUUUAGAAAGACAGAGGCAAAGUGCUGCUGGCAAUGCAGCAGCAGCUGCGCUGAAUGAUGGGGAGCAGAACGCAAUGCCAAACGCGGAGGCUGCAAGCCGCUGGCCCUUGUGGGUUGUUAUUUCUGGGGUCAUUCUAUUGUUAGUAUCCAUGUGGGGCGUCUGUUUCUUCAGCAGGGGAGCUGUAGAACGCACCAGCAGCAGCUGCCCAACUACUGCUUCUGCUGCAUCUGCUGCUGAUCCUUCUGCGGCUGCUCCUGUUGCUACAGCAGCAAGCAACAGCAGGAGGGGUUCGACAGCUUCCUUUUCAGACAGCAGCAGCCGCAGCUUUCGAUUGUUUGACAGUCAGCUGUACGUACAGCAGAACUCACAGCCAACGGCGUUUAGAGUACCUGCGGCUGCUGCUAGGUGCAGCAGCAGCAGCAGCAGCCGCAGUUCCAUUAGCGCCUUCAGACCCACGUCGAAAUUUCUCCCUCCACCGCAAACUAUAGAAACAGACGCCAAGACAUAG